CCCGCCUUGCGCGCCCGUUUCGAGCCGGAGUUUCAAGCUCGUCUUUCCAGGCUCUGAGUGGGUUCUCGGGCAGUGGCAAUGGGGGCAGGAAUGGCUCAGCUGGAGGGUUACUAUUUCUCAGCUGCCUUGAGCUGUACCUUUUUAGUGUCUUGCCUCCUCUUCUCUGCCUUCAGCCGGGCGCUGCGAGAGCCCUACAUGGACGAGAUCUUCCACUUGCCGCAGGCGCAGCGCUACUGUGAGGGUCAUUUCUCCCUCUCGCAGUGGGAUCCUAUGAUUACAACAUUACCUGGCUUAUACCUGGUGUCUGUCGGAGUGGUCAAACCUGCCAGCUGGAUCUUUGGAUGGUCUGAACAUGUUGUCUGCUCCAUUGGAAUGCUCAGAUUCGUUAACCUUCUCUUCAGUGUUGGCAACUUCUAUUUACUGUAUUUGCUUUUCCGAAAGGUACAACCCAGAAACAAGGCUGCCUCAAGUAUCCAGAGAAUCUUAUCAACAUUAACACUAGCAGUGUUUCCAACACUCUAUUUUUUUAACUUCCUUUAUUAUACAGAAGCAGGAUCCAUGUUUUUUACUCUUUUUGCCUAUUUGAUGUGUCUUUAUGGAAAUCAUAAAACUUCUGCCUUGCUUGGGUUUUGUGGCUUCAUGUUUCGGCAAACAAAUAUCAUCUGGGCUGUCUUCUGCGCAGGACAUGUCAUUGCACAGAAAUUAACUGAGGCUUGGAAAACUGAGCUACAAAAGAAGAAGGAAGAGCGGCUUCCCCCUAUCAAAGGACCAUAUUCAGAAUUCAGAAAAAUUCUUCAGUUUCUUUUGGUGUAUUCCAUGUCCUUUAAGAACUUGAGUAUGCUAUUUCUUCUGACUUGGCCCUACAUUCUUCUGGUGUUUGCGUUUUGUGUUUUUGUAGUAGUUAAUGGUGGAAUUGUUAUUGGUGAUCGGAGUAGUCAUGAAGCCUGUUUUCAUUUUCCUCAGCUAUUCUACUUUUUCUCUUUUACCCUCUUUUUUUCUUUUCCUCAUCUACUAUCUCCUACUAAAAUUAAGACUUUCCUUUGCUUAGUUUGGAAACGUAGAAUUCAGUUUUGUAUGAUUACCUUAGCCUCCAUAUUUUUAGUUUGGAAAUUCACUUAUGUUCAUAAAUACUUGCUAGCAGACAAUAGACAUUAUACAUUCUACGUGUGGAAAAGAGUUUUUCAAAGAUAUGAAAUUAUGAAAUAUUUGUUAGUUCCAGCCUAUAUAUUUGCUGGUUGGAGUAUAGCUGAGUCAUUGAAAUCAAAAUCAGUUUUCUGGAAUUUAAUGUUUUUCAUAUGCUUGUUCGCUUCUACAGUUCCUCAGAAACUGCUGGAAUUCCGUUACUUCAUUUUGCCCUAUGUUAUUUAUAGGCUUAACAUACCUUUACCACCCACAUCCAGACUUGUUUGUGAACUGGGUUGCUAUGUAAUUGUUAAUUUCCUAACUUUUUAUAUUUUUCUGAGUAAGACUUUUCAGUGGCCAGAUAGUCAGGACACUCAAAGGUUUAUGUGGUAAUGUCAGAGAUAUUUUGACCUUUAAAAAAUAGAUGUAAUAUUUAGACUGUCUCCAUAAUAAAUAACUGAUAGGUGGGAAUUAUAGAAUUUGUUUUAGGUACAAUGGUAAUCCUCAGAUCCCAUCCGAUUUUUUUACAUGUUUAAAUGUAUGUAACAAAUCCAAGUUAAGGGUAAAGAACUGAGGAAGCGUAAGAUCUGCUUCAGAAGCCAAUAAUGGAAAGAUAAAAUUGUUUACAAUUAUCUCAUGAUACCUUUGAUACUGCCAGCACUCAAGAAGCUUGGAAACUUUUUGUACAUACAAGCUUAAGAAAACUUGGAAUGCUUCACAGCAGUGUAACUAAUUUAUAAUUCUUUUCAGAAGUUAUUUGAAAAUAUUUGCUAAUGAUGAGUCAGUAUUCCUGAUUGAAAAGUUGUUUAAUAUUUCAGGAAAUAUAAUUUUAAUCAUAUGUUAGAGUAGAAUUAUAGAUAGUAAAUUAUAAAUUAGAGGCUCAUGUAUGGUAAUCUAAGAAUCAAUGUAUUAUUUUUUGUUUGAAAUCUAGAAAUGAAGCUAUUUCAUGAAUUCCUAAUACUGAAAUGUAUAAAGGCCAAAGAAAAAUUGUGUUGAUUAUAAUACUUUUUAAAAAGACUUUCUUUCUGAAAUACAUUUUAUAGUUUCCUAGGGCUGCUGUAACAAAUGACCACAAACUUAUAGGCUGACAUUUUUUUUUUUUUUCACAUUUAGACCAAAAUUUGAAAUAAAAAAUGUCAGCAGGGUCAGUUCCUUCUGGAGGCUCUGAGGAAAUAUCUGUUCCAGGCCUCUCUCCUGACUUCAGGUGGCUGUGUGCUUCAGAUUGUUCUGGACAUACCACUCCAGCCUCUGCCUGUGUCUUCUCACAGCCUUCCGUUUCUCUUCUUUCUCUUACAAGGACAGCAUCAUUGGAUUAGUGACCACUUCAAUCUAGGAUGAUCUCAUCUGAAGAUCCUUAAUUGAUAUCUAUAAAGACCCCUUUCCCAAGUAAAACUACAUUAAAUCUCACAAGAUUUUUAGGAGAUAAUAUAUAUGCUAAGAUCUUAUAAAUAAAAUUUUGUCCUGAGAGGUUUAAAAAAAAAAGUGACUUUCUGAGGUCAUAUAAAUGUAAAUCAAAUUGGUAUUUGUUUCCCUUAUUCAAAAAACAAAAAAAAGAAUUGAAACUUGUGAAAUCCUUUCAUCUGUUUUGUAAAUUAGGAAACAACUGCUGAGUAGGAUUUGUGUGUGUGUGUGUGUGUGUGUGUGUGUGUGUUUUAGUUUUUGUAUUCUCUGUUUACUAUUUUCAUUGCAUUUAUUGGGUUGUCAUUUCACAAGUAUUUAGUCAUGUGAAUUUUGACAUGGAAAGUUGGAACUGUGAGUAGAAGUCAUCUCUCAACAUAAUUUUAUACUUCUAAAGGUUUUUAAAAAUAGCUAUAAGUAUAAACAAAUUACUUUCUCCUCAGUGUUGGAUAAGGUUUUUUUCCUGGUUUAAAAUAAUUAGAAUAUUUGGAGAACAUUCUCCACUUGAAAAUAUAAAAUUGUGUGCAGAUAAAAAUUACAACAAAAGUCUUGAGGAAAAUAUACAGAGCAUUUUUUUUGUACCUCUAUUCAGUACUAAGAAAGUAGAAUGACUCGGUUAGAACAGUGAUUGUAUGAAAAAUAUAUUUCAUCCAGACUUUUUUUUGGCAGGCUGAGGAUUGAGUUCAGGGCAUGCUAGGCAACCCUCUACCACUGAGCUAUGUCUCCAGACCUUAUAAUUUUAGGGUCCUGCUAGUUUGCACAGGCUAGCCUCGAACUUGCAAUCCUCCUGUGUCAGUCUUCAAAUGGCUGGGAUUACAGGUGAAAGUACCACCCCCAGCCAGAACAUUUUUAGUCAGAUAAGAAAGCAUAAUCAAAGAAGUUAUGCUUUCACGAAUUUAUUAUAAUAGAGAAUUAAAUUCAGCAAACCAAACUUGAAAAAAAUGCGUGUAAUUUAGGAAAUACAACUUUGUUAUCUGAUAAUGCAAGGCUUGUGUUUAGAAAUUUUUCUGAGAGGAGAAACUUUCCACUCAAACCUAGUCUGGGGACCAUUUCACUGCAUAUAAUUUAAGAAGACUGUUUUGAAGAGAUCACCAUUGCAAUUAAUUGUUAAGUGUUUAGUUGCUUCUAUGUUAAGAAAUAUUUUGGAGAAAAUCCACAUUAAGAAGGAAAAAGAAUGCUGUGAAUUAAAAGGAACUGCUUAUUUUUUACUAAUUAUUUUAAAACAGAAUGCCUAUCAGUAUUUUUGAAUUACAGAUAAAUGUUUUGGUUUAAAUUAUCUUGGACCCUUAGAAUAUGGUUAUUUACUGUUGAAUUUUCCAUGGUGUGCAAUAGAUUAAAUAAAGAUGUGAAAGAUGCACAAGCUUAUUAUAACAAAUCAUUUUACCUGUAGUUGUUCAAGACUACACCAAACUCAUUCCUGUGAAAUCUUUCCACUUGAAAAGACUGAGAGGUCCAAUCAUUCCUAGGUUUUUAGAUUUUUGCUUUUACAAUUAUUCUUAAUUAGAUUUGUGUUUUGAACUUUUUAAAUGGAUUAUCAAGUAAAUAUUUUUGUAAUAGAUUUUAAAAAUCAGAAUUUUUUGAAUUUCUUAAUUAAAAAGUGAUUAUGAAAAAUAUACUUCCCUGCUAGAUAGCCUUAAAAUUAUUAUUACUAGUCUGUGAGUAGGAUUAUCAUAAAGUGUGUCAUGAAAAGUUAGUCCAUUGUUUUAAGCUUUGUAAUCCUUUUGACCUAGUUCUACCGUAUGUAGAAUUCUAGUUAUAGAAUAUUAUCUUUAAAUAGCAUUAGUUAGGUUCCAGUGUACUGUGUGUUUUCUAACACAUGUUUUCUCUUAGUGGAUACCCAGAAAUAUUUUAUAACUGCAUCUGUGUAUUUAAAUUACUUGGAAAUACAGUGUUCCUUACUUCAAAAUAGCUUGUCCUCCUAGCAAGAGAAAUUAUUUUUGCUCCCUGGGCAUGUUUUCUUAGAUUCAUUUCUGGAGUGUGCUUAGCCUGUCAUAAAAUACCAUAAUGUAAAUAACUUAAUGUAAUUUAUUUCUAAUAACUAAACAAUAUAUAAUAUAUUUCCAGUUUGAACUUAAUUGCCACUUAGUUUGACAUUAUUUUCUUUAUAAUCAGAGAAGGGAUUCAUAAUUUUUAUUUAUACUCCUAAAUAUUGAACUGUUAUAACCACUUUUCAAUAAAAUAUGUAUUCAGAUAAAGAAAUUUAUGGUGGUGUGUGUCUGUAAUUCAGCAAAUGGGAAGGCUGAGACAGGAAUAUCUCAAGUUCAAAGCCAGCCUUGAUAACUUAGCAAAGCCCUCAGCCACUUAGUGAGACCAUCUCAAAAUAAAAAUUAAAAACGGGCUGGGGAUGUUGCUCAAUGAUAGAGUACAUCUGGGUUUAAUUCCCAGUACCAAAAAAAAAAAAAAAAAAAAAGGAAAUUCAUAUGUAUUAGGUUAGCAUUUAUUAUCUUUGAAGAAAUUAGAAUUUCAUUAAAUAGUAAAACCAGAAUUGUGAGGUAAAGAUGAAAAAAAUUUUUAAAUGGAAAUUUAAAUAUAAAUUAGGAAACAUGGCCUUAUAGGAACACCUUUUAACAUAGGAGUUAAUGUUUGCUUAAUCAUGUCUCUAAUCAAGGCAAAUUGUUUGGUCCUCAUUUCAAAUGAGAAUAAUUGUCCUAAUUCUAAUUAGUGUCUGAAAUGGGUCUCGACUCAUUUCCAAAAGGAUUCAUCUCGUGCCAUUCAUAAAAUUCAUAAACAUGUUAUAUGAUAAAUAUUAGCUAAAUGUACACUGAAGUUUUUAGUAUAGAAUGGAGCAUAUAGCCCAGAAAAACUAUACUGUAUAACCACAAUUAACUUGAGGAAAUAAAUUACAUUUCAUGACAAGAGCAUUCAUGACCCAUUUUCUGCCUAAUUUUUUGACCUAGUGUUAAGUUUUGUUUGAUGUGGUGUUUAGUGCUUAAACAUAUAUCUACUUGUAAAUAUGUUAUGUAUUGUCUUUAUAUUAGGAUGUGAUAUCAAGGUUAUUGCUGUUUAAACAGCAAUAGUUCAAUCAUUAAACUAUAAUAACAAUUUUUAAUGGUUUAUAAGACUUUAACAGGAAAACAAAUUGCAACCAAUUACAAAUAUUUUAUAUUAUUUCAGGUUCUAAUUUACUAUUCUAGGAAUAACUUAUCUUUCCUUUAACCUUUAUUUUAUUUAUUUAUUUUUAUGUGGUGCUGAGGAUCAAACCCAGUGCCUCACCAUGUUAGGCAAACACUACCACCAAGCCACAAUCCCAACCCUAUAACUUAUCUUUUAUCUAGGGUGGUUUUAUGUAUUUAAAUAUUGAUGGCACAUUUCCAAUAUAGUAAAAUGAGUUGAAAAAUUAUAAUAAAGUGAAUAGGUUGUGAAUUAAUUUUAACAUAUCCAUGAAUUCAAUACAAAUUCUUUAAGAUUUGAAUAUUAUUUCUAGGGUAAGAUUUUGUCACAGUGAAGUAAUCCAAAAAUGUCUUCAUAUUAUGCUUUUCAAAAAAAUUACAUUUGGUGAAUUUAAUGUUAAUUUCAUUCAGAUUUUCAUUUCAUUCAUAGCACAGUUCAUCACUAUCAGACCAAAAGAAGUGUCUUUUUCCAACAAGAACAAUAUUAAACAUUAUAUUGUUUUUGCAUACUGGAAUAUGAUCAGUUCAUUGAGCAAUAUAUGUGUGCAUAUGGCAUGUAUGAGAUGAGGAAGAAGGGGAGGAAAAAUAAGUUGCCAUCUGUUGAGCACCUCUAGUGUUUCAGGUGUAUUGGUUGAUUUGCAAAUAUUGCCCCAUUUGAUCCUACUCAUAUGACUGUUCAUAUGAUAUUGAAUUAUGCUGGACUCCUGUAGAUGCUAAAGGUCAGGUAUACCUGGUGACUCGCCCAAAGUCUACUCUGUCUCUAAAUGAACAUAGAUUGGUCUGAUUCACAAACCAAGUUUUUGACUGCUGUUCUACCUUGCUGUGAACGUUUUUCAUUUAGAGAAGUAAGAUAUGGAGAGUGGUGAUAGUCUUUAUUCUGCACUAACCAGGGCAUUGACAGCACAUUAUUUUUUGUAUUGGAUUAUAAUCAUUCUUAAAAAUGUUGAAAACUGUUUAAAGAUGUAUGAACAAAUGAUGAGGUUUAAUAGUUUUGUUGUGAGAUAUAAGAAUGGGAUGUUUAACUCUGAAUAACAGAUUAUGUAACAUUUGCUCUUACAAUAUUUGAAGAAUAUUUGAAUGAAUUGAAAUUAUUCUGUUACAUAAAGUGUAAAUCUAGGGUCAAUGGUUGUAUUUCAGUUAAUGAAAAACAAAUUUUCUAGUUGCUUAAUCUCUACAGGGGACUAGACUCAACCCCCUCCCCCAAAUAUUUCCUAUUCAUUGGAGGUAAAAUUUCUAUUUAUCAGAUUUAGUAGAUUCAGAUAGCAUGUAGAUAGGGUAAAAUAUAUAUAAAGAUGUCCUAUCAACCUUGUACUCUUAAAUUCAUAAGUCAGUUACAGCUAAUGCUUUUGCAUUUAUUGAUAGUUCAUAGUCAAAUAUUUCUGAUGAUUUGCAUGCUGUCUUUGGUAUUUUAAAUUUCUGAACAAAACUGUACUUUAACUGUUAUCCUAUUUAGAAACAAAUUUUAGAUGCCCAAUCUUCUAAGAGGUAUUAGAGUUAGAAUGUUUCAGUGAACUUGUAGUAUUUACUUUACAUAUAUUGUGAUCCCUCAUAUCAAUGGAAAGAAUGUGCUUCGAUUUUAAAAGGUUUAUCCCCCAGUGAAAAAUAGGGCAAAUGCUAUGUAUAAAUAUUUUUUAAUUCAGUGUUCACUAGGUGGUGAUAUUGUACUACAUAUUCAACUGUUCUUGUAAUUAAACUUUGUUAUUAGUCUGAAUUAAGCUUUUUAUAGUUUUGUAUUGUUUACAACCACAAGGAUUUAUAUUAUCCAAGUCUAUUUAUUAUACCGUCAUUGAAAGUGUUUCCUGAGUUGUAUGAAGCUAAGAUAAGUGUAAAAAAUAAAAGUAUCAUUUUUAAAUUUUUUUAAUCAUAUAUUAGAUGCUUGAACCUAAUCUAUCCUCCCAUAUGACAUUGUUUACUUCAUAAGGCAUCUAGGAUCUUUCCUCCAAAACAAGUGAUGAUAUGGCAGAUUUGAAAACUAAUAUAACAUUGUAUUGGCCACUGUUUUCACUUUAUCUCAUUUAAUACUCAUAAUAAUCCUAUGGGAUAUAACUGUUGUUAACACAUGAGGAAUCUUAGCAUAGAAUCUCUACACAUGAGGAAUAUUAGCAUAGAAAAGAUUGUCCAACAUCACAAAAUAAUUGACUGAGCUAGCAUUCAUGACCAGGCAACCUAAUUAGAAUCAAUUUAAUAACUACUUAAUUGGGAGAGAAGGGUUACCUUCAAAUUUGUUGCAUUGUAGAAAUAUUCAUGGAGAACCUACUUUUCUAGACCAGAAAAAUGAGGCUCACACAAAUUUGGGGUUUUUCCAGAGGCUAACAAUCUCUCAUCUGCCAUGGUAUCUUCCAUUUUUGUUUUUGUUAUAAUGCCUAAAAUUUGUAUGAGUGUAUACAUAUGAAUUUAAGGACAAAAAAGAAAAAAAUCAGGGCUGAAAUCUUCAGUCAUAUGAAAUUACAUUGAAAUAAAACCUUUCUUACCAAAUCAAGGAGGAGUGCAGUUAUUUAACAAUUAGUAUUUAGUUUUUCAGAAAACUCUUAUUUAGAAGCAAGUUGUUGAUUAAAUAAUGACAAGCUUUGGAUUUUUAAAAAUUCUGUCUGGAAGAACUUGAUCUUUUAACAUAAAAAAUAUAUGAAUAUCUGUUCUAGAUACAGUUUUAGAAGUUUUACUUUUGUUAGAUACUACAUUCUAAAAUAGAGAUGUUUAUUGGAUUUCUAAAAUUAUUGUGAGUUCAUGUCAUUUAAAACUGCUUUUGAGUA